AAGUAGGCAACAAUAGCAAGUCACCAUCCUCUCUCCUCCUUCCCCUCCUGUCCCACUUCUCCCUCUUCUUUUAUAGAGAGAGGGAGGAAGAAAAGAAAGAGUUGGAUAUAGCAGUGGUUUUCUUUGUUCUCCAAGUGAGGUGAAGUUGCAGGAUGAAGGGAUUUAGCAGCACAAAGUUGAUAUUUCUGCAGCCAUCAUCCACCAACAAGCAAGGCAGUGGCAAUGGCAUCACUACGUCCAUCUCAAUUUUGGUCUCCCACCACCACCGCGUUUGGCUCAUCGCCUUCCUUACCUUCUUCACCUUCGCCUCGCUGCUCACUCUCCUCAACACCACCACUGGGAGAGGUUUGAAUGGUCUCGCCUCCUCUACCUCCUCUGCCUCCGCUGUGACAUCCUCCAGCUCUGUCUCCUCUGGGCCGUCGCCGCUGCCGGCUCCCGUCUACGACGCGCUCGUCAACUACGCGGUGUCGUCCAACUCCACGGGGAAGAUGACAGAGGGCGAUCUACGGGCGAUCGCGGCGGUGCUCCGGCAACGGGGGCCCUGCAAUCUCCUCGUGUUCGGGAUCGGGCACGAGACGCCGCUGUGGCGCGCUCUCAACCACGGCGGACGCACCGUGUUCGUGGACGAGAACGAGUACUACGUCGCCCACGUUGAGGGGCGCAACCCGGGGCUGGAGGCCUACGACGUGUCCUACACCACCAAGGUCCGCGAGAUGCCGGAGCUCAUUGCCGCCGCCCGCCAGCACCUCCGAGGAGAGUGCCGGCCGGUGCAGAACCUGCUCUUCUCCGACUGCCCCCUCGCCAUCAACGACCUCCCCAACCAGCUCUACGACGUGGCCUGGGACGUCAUCCUCGUCGACGGGCCCAAGGGGUUUUCCGCGGCGGAGCCUGGGCGGAUGUCGGCCAUCUUCACGGCCGCCGUCAUGGCCAGGUCCAGCGCCCGGGCGCCCGUGGACGUGCUUGUGCACGAUUACACCCGAAAGGUGGAGAAGCUGUGCAGCGCCGAGUUCCUCUGCCCAGAUAACCUGGUGGCGGCCACCCGCAGCCUUGGCCACUUCCUCAUCGGCGGCGGCCCCGCCGACGUGUUCUGCGCCAACCAGACUGCCACCGCCCCCUUGGCUUCCCCCACCUCGUAGUUUGCUGUCUCCCGUUGCUGUGGCAUCAGCUCAAUUGCUACCAUAAGAAAACAAAGGAUUAAUUAAUGAAAUGUAGAAAAGCCUUCAUUUAUUUUUUU